GCCUGUGUGAGGAGUUGCCACUGGAUGUAACGAUCUCGCCAAGUCUCUAUAAAUGCAAGCUGUUUUAUCGGAGUCUAGCGACUAGAUAUGCUGGAUUAAUACAGAUCUCCGCUUCAUAUACGUAUAGUCGAGGAUGUCAGGGCAGUUCAGAUAUGGAUUUAGGCUUGAGAUACUGUGACAGAGUUUUCGAGAGGAGGUAUUUCAGUCUGUACCUGUGAUAGACAGAGGAUUUGCUAUGGAAAACUUACACUUGUGACUGAGCAAGUGGUGGGGGAAUUAGUUCUGGUUGAGUUUUUUACUUGCAAUUCCUAUUGGGACAAUAAUAUGAAAUGGAAUUUCACGUAUGGAUUCUCGUUUUCAUCACGUGCUUGGAAUUAACUAGCGGUGACCUUUGGACGAAAUGGUGGACCUAUCAAGGAAUUUCAGGCCCUGACUACUGGGGGCUUCUGAACAAGGAGUGGAAUCUAUGCAGUAAGGGCAAGCACCAGUCACCUGUUGACAUCAAUCCCAAGACACUUGUCUACGAUCCCAAUCUCAAACCACUACGCCUUGAUAAACACAGGGUGGACGCGGCGUUGAUGAACACGGGCCAUGAUCUCCUGCUGCGGGUCAACUCCACCUACGAGCCUUACUUCACAUUUACUGGUGGCCCCCUGUCAUAUAAGUAUAGAGUUCACCAAAUAAAACUUCAUUUCGGGCGAGUGGACCAAAUAGGAUCGGAACACUCGGUCGCCGGACGUCCAUUUCCUAUAGAAUUACAGAUAUAUGGAUAUAAUCAUGAUUUGUACAACAACUUCACAGAAUCUCAAUCGAUGCCUCACGGUAUUGCAGCUAUUUCUAUAUUUGGUAUGAUAGGCGAGGAAAAGAAUACAGAAUUUGAAAUUUUGGUGCAAGCAUCACAGCAAACAAUAUUCAAAGGAGAUAUUUUACAGAUUGGUGGUUUUUCUAUAUUCCAUUUAUUACCUGACACUGAUUCCUACCUCACUUACGAGGGUUCACAGACUCAACCGAGCUGCAUGGAAACAGUCACGUGGGUGAUACUCAACAAACCCUUGUAUGUCACGAAAAAUCAAUUAAGUAUAUUACGCCAGCUGCAUAAGGCGCAAGAAGGAUUGCCCCAGGUGCUUAUGGAGAACAAUUUCCGUCCACCAAUGCCUUUAAAUAGACGCACCAUCAGAACAAAUAUAGCACCGAAAAAACAGGAACAGAACUGUGGUGUGAAGAAAAUAACAUUUUACGAAGUAAAUGACAAGUACAAGGUGACAUGAUUGUCCAACUGUCUCUCAAGGCAUCGCGGGGAUAUCACACUUCUCACUGCUUGAACAGGUCUGCCUGUCACAUUCACCUUUACUGUUUCUCUUGGUUGGUAUUCGAGGAAUUCUAAAGGGACAGCUGAAAUAGGAUUAUAUAGUGGGAACGGUGCAACGCCGCCGAGGAUCGCGGCCAUGGGUUUCACGUCAUGGGAUAGUGGCGAAUGGACUAGCUGUGGACAACACGCAUCUAUAAAGUGUGCUGCAGGGGAAAUCAACAAAAUGUGCUUCUAACGCUGGUUAUCGGAACUAUGAUUAAACAGCGUCUCAUUUUAUUUGAAACUAAUUUGACAAUUUGUGUCUAGUUCAUACGACAAAUGCCUCUGUUUGACAUUACCAUCGACUGUAACUUUCAAUGGACAUCGGUGACAGUACCUUCAAGAGGCAUCCAAUGCAAGACUUCAUAAAGAAGAUUGAUGUGUUUGCAUGUGUACUGAAUUAUGAAUAUCUGAUGACGAAGCUUCUGUGGAUGUUUCAGUUAUUGAAAGAUGGUUGAGAGAUAGCCUUUGGUGUCUUCCAUGAGGUACGACGAGACUGAACAAGGAAUCGCAGUGUUACAUCAUUGGGAUGAAUUCAAUGCUAACUAUGCAAACUGGCAAAUGAGCCACAUGUGCUAAUUCCAAGAAAUGUUAUUACGUUACUUCCAUUAAGCCAUACCUGUUGUAUGUGUAUUGUGUUAGACAGGUAGCACCGAUAGGUUGUUUUAUUGUGAAUUUAUGAGAAGCAAACAAAUCAAACUGUAUAUUCAUUAUAGAAGACCAGAUUAGUUAGCAAAUGAUAAACUUUCACCUGAUUCCUUUGCAUGACCUUGAUUUCACGUACGGUUAUGCCAGCCAAUAAUUACAUAUAUGUAUCACACAUGUCUGCUUUGUUGGUCAACAACAAUCACAAAAGGCGGCGUAAAAUGAGGUCCAAUUUCUGCCCUGUGGAUGUGUCAAAUUAUGAAAUAUUGGCAUGACAAUUAUCAAAUGGCUGCCCACUUCGUUUUGUCUUUCUUUCUUGCACUUGCUUGUUUCUAUUUCUGAUAUGAUUAAAUAGAUAAGUAUGACUAUAAUGGGUGAGAUAAUUUUAAAAUAUUAACUCAGGAGACAUUCUAGUAAGUAUGGGGAAGUAUGUGACCCAAGAUGAUUGUGUUUACCAUGUUUGAAUGUACAUCUCCAUAGAACUUUUGGGGGCAUGGGUGGCCCAGUCGUCUAAGGCGCCGCAAUUCGCUGUGGGCGUCCCUUGGGCACGCCAGAAACCUAUGAAUUCGAAUCCCGGUUCGCCCCGAUUAUGUUGCCAGGUUUGUCAGCA